GGGAGGAAGACUACAGGAACCGGUAGGAUGAGAUAUCUCAAAAAUGUCCCCCGCCGCUUCAAGACUUGUUUCAGAGAAGGUACUGAAGCCAAGCCAAGGAACAAGGGAGCAGCAGCAGCAGCUUCAUCAUCCUAAGAAAAAGGAGUCCAUUCCGUCUAAAGCGCAGCAAGGAGUAAAGCCUACCUUAAUAUGUAUCUCAUUAUCUAGUUAAGUAGUUGUGAUAACAAAUAUGUUAGAUGUUAUGUUUUAUUGUGUCUGCCUAUAAAGUUUUGAACCUUCCGUUGAAAUUUACAUUUUGCAAAUUUCUUACAAUUCUUAAAAAAAUUUUACCUGCAAUCUUUACGCAUCCAGGUUCUGAUUUUGAUUGGUUACAACUCUCAAGCAAAUAGACUACAGGUUCGGGGUUUGAUAGUCAUAAACGCGGACAAAUCUAUACAAAACCUUGCCUUUUUUGUCAUUUUUCAAGAAAAAUUCGUAUUCAACCAACAACAUUGAACCUCUUGAACACAAAAAAAAAAAAAUGAAAACAUCUCCUUAGAGGGGUAAAAUCGGAAUUCUAGAAAAUGAGGGGAGAAACUUAAAAAACUGAUCUCAUCAGUUACUCGUAACCGGAAAAAUCAUAUAAAAACACCGCAACGCCUCCUUCCUCCUCCGCUUCUAUAGGUUUCCGUCGUCACACGCCACAUUAUUCGAUUCGUUGACUGCUUUAACGUCCUCUCUCUCUCUCUCUCUCUCUCUCUCUCUACUCUUCCCCAAUUCGCCGCAGGUGAUUGAUUACUUCGAAUCGUUUCUCAAUUAUUUGAUCUCACCAGAUCUAUCGCCAAAAGAUGAUCCGAUUAAGAACCUACGCAUGCCUCAGCUUCAUCGCCACCCUCUCCAUAAUCCACCACGCCUUCACCACGCGGGGCCAAUUCUACCCCGCCGCCGUCUACCUCUCCACCUCCAAGAUCAGCCUGAUGCUCCUCCUCAACAUGUGCCUCGUCCUCAUGCUCGCCCUCUGGCACCUCGUCAAGCUCCUCUUCCUCGGCUCCCUCCGCGAAGCCGAGGUCGAGAGGCUGAACGAGCAGGCCUGGAGAGAGCUCAUGGAGAUCCUCUUCGCCAUCACCAUCUUCCGUCAAGACUUCUCCAGCGGUUUCCUUCCCUUGGUCGUUACGCUCUUGCUGAUCAAGGCCUUGCAUUGGCUCGCUCAGAAGAGAGUUGAGUUUAUCGAGACGACUCCUAACGUCUCUAAGCUCGCGCACGUUCGUAUUGUUUCGUUCAUGGCGUUUCUUCUUGUUGUGGAUGGUUUGUUUAUGUAUAGCUCUGUGAGGCAUUUGGUUAGGUCGAGGCAGGCUUCGGUUUCUCUCUUCUUCUCUUUCGAGUAUAUGAUUUUGGCGACGACGACUGUGGCGAUUUUUGUGAAGUAUGUGUUCUUUGUUACUGAUAUGAUUAUGGAUGGUCAGUGGGAGAAGAAGCCUGUUUAUACUUUCUAUCUUGAGCUUAUCCGUGACCUGCUUCAUCUCUCUAUGUACAUUUGCUUCUUCUUUGUCAUUUUCAUGAACUAUGGUGUGCCUUUGCACUUGUUGAGGGAGCUCUAUGAAACCUUCAGGAACUUCCAGAUUCGUGUUUCUGAUUACCUUCGUUAUCGUAAAAUCACUUCCAAUAUGAACGACAGGUUCCCUGAUGCCACUCCUGAAGAACUUACUGCAAGUGAUGCCACAUGUAUUAUAUGCCGUGAAGAAAUGACAACUGCGAAGAAGCUGAUAUGCGGGCAUCUGUUUCAUGUGCAUUGUCUUCGAUCCUGGUUGGAACGACAGCAGACAUGUCCUACUUGCAGGGCACUCGUUGUACCUCCUGAGAAUGGCACAUCUACUACAGCUGCAGGCCAACGAGGAUUACACCAAGGUUCUCAACAAGGUACUUCAAGCUCAGGUGCCCAGGGCUCUGAAACACGUUCUUCUGCUGGUGGUUCCAAUGAUAGUUUGAGCAGGCACCACGCCAGGCUUCAAGCAGCUGCUUCUGCAGCCGCCAUGUACGGGAAGUCAAUGGUUUAUCCAUCUGCAAACACAAUAGCGUGGUCUCAGCCGGGUCUAGAGAAAGCUUCAACAGAAGCACAUCAUUAUCCUUCAUCAUCAUCCUCUGACCCAACAUCUCAGCUUCCUGGUGAAAACUAUCGUGCCUAUGCAAAUAUCCCAGAGGCUAAGCUGGAAAAUAUGAAGAACUCUUUAGAGACCCAGCUCGAGGUUUUGCGAAACAGACUUCAUUUUCUGGAGAAGAGGAAAGUGGAAACCACAGGGGAAGCAGAUAACAAAGGAAAGACGGUUGUUGAUGCUUCUGUAGAUGGAGCAGAGUGAGUUGAAAAGAAAAUAGAGGGAAAGAAGAAACAAAACGAACUGAGACGGAGCAUAUAGAGAAAGGAGUUAGGCAUUGUGGUUUCUGCUCAAGAAUGACCAAAAAAAAAAAGAUGUACACUGUCGUAGAUUUAAGAAGCUUGAACUGAAACUGAAACCUAAACUUUGUUUUUCCUUUUUUUUUAAUCACUGGGUUGGCAUAUUUACAGGCCAGACUCUUGUACUUCAUUUUUCUUUGGCAAUCGACUUAGCUAUAAAAAUGGUAAAGAAAAAUUAUAGUUAGUUAAUCAA